ACUUUCACGACAGCCGGCGAAGACCUGCGGCCCGUCGGGCCUGUAGCCCAGCUGGUCUCUGUCGAUUGGUGACGCCUGCUUGGCGCGCGCGCCGUUCGAUUGGCUCUGCCUGCGGGGGAGGAGCGCCGCCGCCUCUGCUGCCGCCGCCGCUGCCGCCGCCGCGGGCUCGGUAGGUGAGGAAGCGCCUGGGCACGGCCUGCUGAGGCGCCUCGCAGACGCCUGGACUCGCCCGCCGCCCGCCAGCUUCGCGUACUUCCCGUCCCACACGGCCGGGCGCGGGGCAGGCCCGCCGGAGCCAUGGAGGACGAGGUGAUCCGCAUUGCCAAGAAGAUGGACAAGAUGGUGCAGAAGAAGAACGCGGCUGGAGCAUUGGAUUUACUGAAGGAGCUUAAGAAUAUUCCCAUGACCCUGGAACUAUUACAGUCCACAAGAAUUGGAAUGUCAGUGAAUGCUAUUCGCAAGCAGAGCACAGAUGAAGAAGUUACAUCUUUAGCAAAGUCCCUCAUCAAAUCCUGGAAAAAGUUAUUAGAUGGACCAUCAACAGAUAAAGACUCUGAAGAAAAGAAAAAAGAUGCUGCAGUUACAUCACAGAAUAGCCCUGAAGCAAGAGAGGAAAGCAGCUCCAGUGGCAACAUGAGCAGCAGAAAGGACGAGACCAAUGCCCGGGACACGUACGUCUCAUCUUUCCCUCGGGCGCCGAGCACUUCUGAUUCUGUGCGGUUAAAGUGCAGGGAGAUGCUCGCUGCUGCUCUCCGAACAGGAGAUGACUACAUCGCCAUUGGAGCUGACGAGGAAGAAUUGGGAUCUCAGAUUGAGGAAGCUAUCUAUCAAGAAAUAAGGAAUACAGACAUGAAAUACAAAAAUAGAGUACGAAGUAGGAUAUCAAAUCUUAAGGAUGCCAAAAAUCCAAAUUUAAGGAAAAACGUGCUGUGUGGGAACAUUCCUCCUGACUUGUUUGCUAGAAUGACAGCAGAGGAGAUGGCUAGUGAUGAGCUCAAAGAGAUGCGGAAAAACUUGACCAAAGAAGCCAUCAGAGAGCACCAGAUGGCCAAGACGGGCGGGACCCAGACAGACUUGUUCACGUGCGGCAAAUGUAAAAAGAAGAACUGCACUUACACCCAGGUACAAACGCGGAGUGCUGAUGAACCCAUGACAACGUUUGUCGUCUGCAACGAGUGUGGAAACCGGUGGAAGUUCUGUUGAGUUGGAAGCAUUGGCAAAACAUCUGGACCAUUAAGAAGAUGGAUUUUGUAAUUAGCUUUAAAGACUAGGUCAACUAGCUAGUUUUCCUGCAAAUCAGAUUUUUAAAGUAACUUGCCUCCCUUGGGUUAGUCUCUGGUUUUGACAUAGUGUCCCUUCCUUAAACGCCUUCUGUAGUUUCAGGUCAGUAGGGAGACCACAUAAUGGUAUCUGUUUCAAAACUUUUUUUUUUUUUCAUUUUUAUAAACUUUUGGCAGUUAAUUUUUACCUUUUUUUUCUUCUUAAAAGAAAAUGUAACAACUUUUAUACAAUAUAAAACAUACGCAGUAGAAUGUUACUCUUCUCAGUUAACACACAAGUGGAAAUUACAUUUUUUUUUCCUAUAUUGGCAUGUACCUGCAAAUAUUAAAAAAGGAUAAGAGGCAGUGUAAUUAUAAGUUUAUCAGACAUGGUGUGUAUUCAAGUAAUACUUGACCAGCUUAUCUAAAUUGUAUAUAAUAUUUGAACUAGCAUAUGAAAUUGAUUUUAAUUAUUCUGUUCACAAGUCUGGGAUAAUUAGAUAUUAUUUUGCAUUUGUAACUAACUGUGAUCCUCAUUUCUUGUAAUUUCUUGUACAUGUGUAUUACUUGUUCUUAAUAGAUUUUAGCUUUUGGAAAUAUGACUUGACUUUGUUGAAAUCAGUUUGGUUUGUUGUUUAUUUACCUGUUUGACUUUGUAGUGUAUUUUAGUUUUGCAGAACACCGUCAUAAUUUGGUAUGCUUUUCAUAAAUCCCAGACAGGCAAAGAGUGGAAAGUUUGGACCAUUUUUACCUUUUGUAGGAAGACACACUGGGAGGAAGAUGUUAGCAUUUUAAAAUAGUGUGGUUCCUGUGAACAGUUCCUGACUUGACUUUGAUUUGGAAAUCUGUCCUGACUGAGGACUUUAAGGCUUAUAUAGAUCAUUAAGCUGUGGUCUUUCCAUAUGGAGACUGAUGGAGCACAUUUCUGUCCUGACUGACUUGCUGCCUCUGUUACACAGGAGUAAGGCUGAGGGACAGACGAGUGUGUGGGCUAUAACAUGGCCCACGUUUAUGGUAUGGACCUUGCAGUUAAGUGUGUGCCAUCUGCUUGGUUGGGAAUAAGGAAGAAUGAUCUCACUGGCUGUAGCACAUCUUGAAUCUCCAGUUACGAGGACCACGUCUCAUCCUGCUCCAUCUCCGCUCUCCAACCCCUAUGGAAAGACUUCAGCACCAGCUUGCAUGCCCCUCCUCCCUCCCUUUCCCCACUGCUCACCGCAGGUCAGUUUGAUGCAGUAGAGAAAACAUCCAGAAGUCCACAUGAAGACACCACAUGUAAGAAUUGGCCACUGGUGCCAUCCCACCUCUACUUUGUCAGGUCACAGAGUAACCUUUUAUCACUUGGAAAAUAACAUGAAUUUUUGAAAGAAUGAGUGUAAGAAGAUUAAAAUAGUCCCACUUUUAAGUGAGCCAUUUUUAAAUUUGUAAUUCAAUAAAGUUUCUUGUUAUUAAACAUGUA